AUGGCGGAAGAAGAAAGUGGCGCAUCGCACCUAGCAGUGAAGGACGACGGGAGCGAGUGGACAAGCUCGAGGCGCGUUGGAAGGAGAGCUCCAACUGCUAUUAAUCGAGAUGAAAACAAACCGAGCGGUAGUGAGCACUCGGAUCAGCUGGAAGAACCUGUGAUCCCAGUGACCGUUCUACCGUCGAUGGAGGCGGAGACCAAGCCUCAGAGUCGCAGUAACUCUGGGUUUGUACCGGCAGAGCACGUGGCCGGCAGGGACGAAGGUGAAGAUACGGAAGAUGACAUUGCAUUGCUAGAAUACUUGUCAGGUACCGAGAGCGACUACUACGAACUAGAUCGAGCGAGUCGCAAAGUUCAAGACGCAGAAGUGAUGUCAUCGUCACCAAGAUCGAACGAUGAGAGUCUGGGCACGCCGGGCAGUCCGGAAAAGCUUCUAGUUGUAGAUGAUCACGACGGGUUCGGACAGUCUCCUAUUCGGUAUAUGACAGUAACUCGUCGAAAGAUGGCGCACGCCCAAGAAGCCCCACGACAGGCAUCAACGCGUGUAGUGGAUGAGUGGGUUCCGUGCGAGACUGAAGACGGACUCAUUUACUACUACAAUCAGCGCACACAGGAAUCUCAAUGGACCAUCCCGACGAGUUCUGGUGCUCGGACGUACACCACCGAAGAGUUAUUUGCUGCUGUGUCGGAGGAAGAGCUGUCCGAGACAGACGCUAGACAGCUGAGUAUAAUGUUACACUCCGGGGUGGAUCUCCAAGCUUUAAAUUCUGACGGCCUCACUCCACUCCACGUCGCUUGUAAAGUGGGGAAUGAACAAGCUGCAGCUCUGUUGGUUUAUUACGGAGCCAAGCUAGACGCUCGAGCUAUUCGUGAUGAUGCUACCCCUCUGAUUUUGGCUUGUCGAGCCGAGAGUGAAGGCAUCGUCAAGCUGCUAGUUGAGUCAAAGGCGUCGCUCUCUGCCCGCGACAGCAACGGAAAUACAGCGCUUCAUGUUGCUGCUCAAAGCGACAACGAAGGGCUGGUUAUGUUAAUUCUGCGUGGCUGUGACCACACAUUACUCAGCCAGAAGAACAAUGAAGACGAGACCGCGCUGCAUAUUGCAGCCAAGCUUGGUUACUUUGGUAUCGCUCGGAGCUUACUGGCUUACGGUGCAAGUGUGAAGGACGAAGACUCACAAGGUCGGACGCCGUUGAUAUUGAGCAUAUUAGAGAACCACGUCGAGUGCGUCCAACUGCUGCAAAGUAUCGAAAGCAACGCGAGCCCAGCGCAGCCAAGCGCGGUAUCUCAUUACAGCUCUGCAUAUUCUAUCGACCGAAGACCAAGCGGAGCCGAACGCGAUGCGUUGACUGUCCUGCACUCGUAUCUCUUCCAGAUUCUUCCGAAUCACUCAGCACCGGAAGCUCAAACGAUUUUCCAACUCGUUGAAGAAGUGCGAGGGCAAAUUGGUGCUCUCAAUGCAAGUCUACAGGCAUCCAAUGGUCGUGAAGCGCAUUACCGAGUUCAGCUAGAAGAAAUGUCGUCGAAUCUGGCAGCGACAAGUCACGAAGAGAAUCAGAACCAGCUUGCAGUGCGUGAACUAGAACUUGAGGCGAGCCGCGUAUCCCAUCGAGCCCUCUCAUCGCGCUGCGAGCUCUUGGAGUCGAUUGCUCGUAAUGCUCAGGAAAAGCUUGGAAGAGAGCGGCUAGAGCACACACGAUACGAAGAAAGCAUGCAAGAAAGACUACGCCACAGCUUGCAAGAGAAUGCCAACGUCAUCGAGUCGUGUAGACAGCUCCAAGCAAGCUGGAGUGAGCGUCAACAGCAGUACGAUCACAGACUAGGUCGUCGUGAUAGUCAGGGGUUUUACGAGAUUUCCGAAGGUCUAGCCCACUUGUCCAGUGCACAAGAAUCCUUGGAAGACAACUAUCAUCUCUUAGAAACCGAGGCAUCCACAAGCGUAGCAUCCGGUAACCAACCAAGAGAACGAACUUCAAGUGACUAUCAUUAUCAUCAGCAACAACUUCGCCGCUCGUUCGAACAAUAUCCGUACGAGAAUGCUCCUAAAUUGCUGGAUGCGCCUCCUCCCUUACUAGAAGACAAUGACGAAGCGCGAGAGCCCACCGACACCUUAACGCCGCCUAUUUCUCCGGCACGAGUCGGUGCAGUCUGGAAUCGGUUCUUCGAGAACGUAGGACAUGCCAGUGAACCUCGCGGUGCUAGUGACUCGAAGUCGCACGGAGCGCCAACGCUUGAAGCUGGACAGCCGCCAAUGUCAUACCCGUCCAGUUCACUCGUCUUCGAUGCUGUCCGAAAGAAUGAUCUGCGGAAACUGCAAGAAGUUUUGCUACGAGGAGUGUCUCCAAACCAGCGAGACGUUGCUGAGAAGGGCACGCCUCUGCACUUGGCGUAA